UCUGUCACCAUGGAAACCUCUCAGGCUGCCAGGACGUUGUCUGUGUGUGUGGUUGAUAUUUAAAGGCGAAGUCUGGCCGCUUGCUCUCCUCCACCAGCCCACCUCCUGGGGUUUCAUCCCAGAGACAGAGGGAGAGGGGCCGAGGCGAGGGAGGAAGGCUUCGGAGAGGCCAGCGGAAGGUCCCCAGCUCUGCCGGGACGCGAGCAUCUCCUCUGGUCCCUGUGUCGAGAGCAGAGCCCUUUCCCCCCCUCGAAUGCCUUCUCCCAUCUGGAGCCCGCGUCACAGCAGCCCCGGAGACAGGGAGCCCCCUCUGCCUGCGCCCCGCUACCCUCGGUGGCUUCGAUUUUGCGCAUCUGGGAGCGGCAAUUAUUUCCACACCACUGAGCGGCGCGGAGAUGACACAGGCGCCUUAAUAGGCUGGGAGCAGGGGCUGCUUAGAGCUCCAUUUGAAACACGAGCCGAACCCUGCGGAGGGCCCCUAAAAGAGGCAUCUGAUCCCAGGGGUACACAGCCAGCUCUUCCCCGGGUCUGCGUCUGCAGAGAAAACUCGGCCUCUGCCACAACGCCGAAGAUUUCCUGGCUGAAGGGUUGGGGAACGAGGACCUCAGCCCCGCUGCACGGGACCACAGGACCCACAUUCUCCGGGGCUUCCAGCAGAUCCGAACCAGGAGGAAAGCUUGGACAAGAGAGCUCUGAGGACAGUCACAGCAGCACUCACGGCCCGUCUUUCCUGUCAGAUGCCCCCUUGUUGGCAGAUUAUCAAGAAGAGGGCGCGGAGGACGUGCUGAGGGCCGCCCAGGACCUGGACAGCGUCCUCAAGCAGGGCUACCUGGAGAAAAAGAGCAAAGACCACAGCUUCUUCGGGCCGGAGUGGCAGAAGCGCUGGUGUGUGCUCCGCAGAGGCCUGUUCUUCUACUACGCCAACGACAAGAGCAGGCAGCCCAAAGGGACCUUCGUCAUGCAGGGUUACAGCGUCCGGAUGGCCCCGCACCUGCGCAAGGACUCCAGGAGAGAGAGCUGCUUCGAGCUGACCUGCGGGGACAGGCGCAGCUACGAGUUUACAGCCACUAGUCCAGCGGAAGCCAGAGACUGGGUGGAGCAAAUUAGUUUCCUGCUGAAGGAUCUGAGCUCUUCAACGAUCCCCUAUGAAGAGGACGAGGACGAGGAAGAGCAGGACGAAGAGCAGGACGAAGAGGGGGAAGAGACCUACGAUGACAUUGACGGCUUUGAGUCCCCGAGUUCUGGUCCCCAGGUCAGACCGACUGCCUUGCCUGGGAGCAUGGGGGCCGAGGCACCUACCAAGGAGAAGGAAGAGGGCAUCUACGAAGUCCUCUCAGAUGAAGAGCUUGACCCGGCGGAGGAGCGUGGGACUCAGCGGAGAGGAGUGGAUUACGCCAGUUAUUACCAGGGCCUGUGGGAUUGCCCCGGUGACCAGCCGGAUGAACUGUCUUUUCAGCGCGGCGACCUCAUCCACAUUCUGAGCAAGGAAUACGGCGUCUACGGCUGGUGGUUUGGAGAGCUGAACAGUCUGGUUGGGAUCGUGCCCCGGGAGUAUCUCGCCGCUGCCUUCGACGUGGAAGACAGUUAAGGCCCAGGAAAAGUUCCUAUCUCCCCUUCCCUAUGGAGAAGCCGAUCAAGGGCUUGGCCCCCUCUUUGCCAACACUAAGUCGAGAGGG